UGCACAAAAAAGCGGGAUUUUUCGCUUUAAAUAAAAACGAUUGAUGCUGGUUCUAUAAAUUGCUGGAUUCGAAAAAUGCCGAGAAAAAGUGGCGCAAGCCGCAAGGUGGACGUGCCCAAGCCGACGCUGGGUGACACGGACGCGGAGAGCGACGACGACACGGCCUUCCGAUCGCCGGAACCCGAGGACGGCACCGACUACGGCUUGGAGUUCACCACCAGCCGGCUGACUCUGCAGGACGCCUCCAAUCGCCGCUGCUCGACGCUACGCAAGGACGCCAGAAGUGGACGGGCAUUGGAGGCAGCGGAUAGAACAGCCUCCAGCGAAGAGGAGGAUCAGGAGAAUCGUCUGCCAGCAACCAGAUCGCCGCGACGGAUGACCAGCCAGCAGGAGAGGCGUCCAACUGCCAGCCAAGCAUCUGGCUCAGGACCAGCUGCUCCUCAGGAUCGUAGGCGGCCACGCAAGAUGGCCAAUCCCAUGAGCAGAGCCCGGCGAAUGGAUCGCGAGAUCCAACAUCUGCAGAAACAUCCCGGCACGCUUAUACCCAAGCUGCCGUUCUCGCGCUUGGUUCGCGAAUGUAUCAUGAAGUACAGCGACGGAGCACCGUUGAAGAUCACCGAGGGCGCCUUCAACGCCCUGCAGGUGUCCAGCGAGAUGUACGUGACGCAGCGUCUGGCCGACUCCUACAUGCUGACCAAGCACCGCAAUCGCGUCACGCUGGAGGUGCGCGACAUGGCUCUGAUGGCUUUGAUCUGCGACCGGGGUCACAACUAGUCCAAUAUCUUAGCAUUAACAUUAAGUAUUUCCUUUGUAAUCCCUUCAAAACAUUAUUACAAAUACCAC